CAGGCUCCGCCCCGCCUGGCCCUCCAGUCCCGGUGCAGCUGCUUCCGUGCUCUCUUCGGGCGGCUCCGUGAGGCCUCGGCCCUGACGCUAGUCCCGGGAGGGUCCGCAGCGCACAGCGACCAGAUGCCCGGGUCCCUAGCCAGGCCUGCGCUUUGCCUCGCGACUGGGAUAUCCGAAGAUGUCUCCAGCCUGACCUUGGUUAGGCCGCUUUUCAGCUGCGUGCUCGGGUGCUGGUCCGGCCGCUUUGUAGGAUUCAUAGCCUUCCAAAUCAAGGGACGAACGCUGCUGGCUGGAAUUAGCUGGACGCCUCACCCCAACUCCCAAUAGCAGACUUCCUAUUCUCAAACUCUCUUAGGGCAGCAAUUCAGGUGUCCUCGUAUCCAGAGCACCUCGGACCUGGAGCAACCUUCCUUUCUUCCUUCUUGGACGGAGCACCGCUUCUACAGUUUUGGGGGAAACUUGGGGCGUGGCCUUGGUGAGUGAAACUUGGGGUGUUGCUUGCUGGGACAGAAAUCCAGGGAGGACACUGUCCUGGUGACCCAGGCCUUGUCAGAUCCUGAGACUCUUCGAAACUUGUGUGUGGGUUUGCGGCGGUGGUGGUGAGUGAAUUUGAAUGUGCCCCUUUUCUUUACCUCAAAAACUGAAAAGGAAACAAGCUGCCUGCCCUACUUUAGGCUGCAUGACCAUCCAGGGAAGUGGGGAGCCACUUCUGAAUUCAUAGUAGGACUCACCAAGCAGAUACCUGCUCUUCUAGUCCUGAACACUCUGGCUUCUGAGGAGACCCUCAGGCCCUAAACUUGAGCAGUGCCAGAAAGUGGCCCCAGAAGUUAGGGGCUCAUUACACACCGUAACCAUGUUCCUGCGACGGCUUGGUGGCUGGCUACCUCACCCCUGGGGCCGCCGGAAACCGAGGCCUGACCUGCCCACCAUAGAACCCCGAUGGGUGGACAGCUCCUCCGAGAAUUCAGGGAGUGACUGGGACAGUGCCCCAGAAACUAUGGGAGAUGUGGGGCCUCCCAAGACCGAGGACUCAGCGGCCCAGAGGAGCUCUGAGGUUGCUCCACAACCAAGCAGGGAGCCCCGAGCUGAGCAACUGGGGAGCAAAAGAAUGGAUUCCCUCAAGGGAGAUAAGACUGGCUCUAGCACUCUGGAGUCUGGGAGACUGGAGGCUGCAGGGGCCAUUCCUAAACUGGGAUGGGAUCCUGUGGACUCAGGUGGCAGCAGGAGACCUGGAAUGUCCCCUAAAAGGGGACUGAGCCCCUCUGGGCCUGAAGCCCCUGUGGAGAAGCCUGGCCGGCAUCAGAAACUGCUGGGCUGGCUGCAGAGAGAAUCAGGUGGGGGAGCAAGGGCUCCCUCACAGUACCUGGGGGGCCCAGAGGAGUGUCUGCAGAUCUCUACCAACUUGACCCUGCAUCUGCUGGAGCUGCUGGCCUCAGCCCUGCUGGGGUUGUGUUCACGGCCACUGCGGGUAGCCUUGGACGCGUUGGGCCUGAGUGGACCGCUGGGCCUCUGGCUUCAUGGAUUGCUGUCUUUCCUGGCUGCCCUGCAUGGGCUCCAUGCUGUGCUGAGCCUACUUACUGCUCACCCCCUGCACUUUGCCUGCCUCUUUGGUCUCCUACAGGCCAUGGUGCUGGCUGUCAGCCUCCGAGGUCCCAGUGGGAAUGAGGAGGCCACUGACUUGGAGGGCCAGAAGUUGGGGAGGGAGGGUGAGGAGCAGAGGGGAGACCCAGGAAAGGGGCUGUAACUGUGGAGUGGGGUGUGAACCAAGGCAGGAGCCAGGGUAGGGUAGGAGCGAAGGUGAAGACAGUGUGGCCUUUAGGAGAAUGGGGUGGGGGGGGGGAUGACCCAGAUUAUAAGCACAAGGGCCUCAGGGAUGGGGAAGAAAUCCUAGAGUAUGAGGGAACAGGGCUCCCCUCACCUACGAGAGAGAACAGCUGUUUAGGGUGUCUAGGUAUAUGGACAGUGGGGGCAUGGCCAUUAAAUUCACCAGCUAUUGUUAACUUUUUGCUUUUACAUUUUUUCCAUCUCAUUUUUUUUCCCCCACAUUCACUUUUUAAAAGCAAAAAAAAAAAAAAAAAAAA